GCUUACAAUGUAAAAACCCUAGAAUUUAAAAAACUGGAAAGGAAAGCAGCGCGAGAGGGACGUUUCUGGGACUCCUUCUCUCUCUCGGAGCCCUUCCAGAACCGUUUCUAGGGCACUGUCCCUCUCUCUCGGAGCCCUUCCAAAACCCAAAAUCUCUCUCUAAAACCCUUGUGUCAGUCCACAAACCUACACAAUGAAACUCCCUCUCUCUCUUCAGUCCCCCUUUCCCUCCAUUUCUAAGCACCACCCAACCAGGCGGCUUGUAUCUUUCUCUCUCUCACACCAUAUCUCUUCACAACCCCAAAUCUCAAAUGGGUAUCUUUCGCAACCCUGCAGGUGCACUCAAUCUCCAUUACCCACCUCACAGUUUGAUAGAGAAAUCUUACUUUCUCUCUCUAACACCUCACAGAUUGAUAGACAAAUCUCACUUUCUCACUCUAACACUGUCUUGACCCAAGAGCAUGUGGUGGAGGUCCUCUUGAGCAACCAGACCGACUCGAAAGCUGCCCUUAGGUAUUUUAGGUGGGCGGAGAGGCAGCGAGGCUUCAUUCGGGGCCUUGAACCUCUCUGCGUAGUUCUUCACAUUCUCGCUCGAAACAAAGACUUACCAGCAGCUCGCAACUUGAUCAAACAUUCUCUCUCUGCAAAUUCAAGUAUCGGUGCGUCGGCCUUUAUUGAUCGUCUUCUAGAGACCUCAGAAAGGUGCAAUUCUCACCCUCGGGUAUUCGAUUUGGUGUUAAAUGGGUACACGAGAUAUGGGUCAGUUACAGAAUCUCUAGAAACGUAUCAUAGACUGGUCUCCAAUGGGGUGUUUCCUAGUGUUGGAUGCAUCAACCUACUUUUGAACAAGUUGGUUAGGCUGAAUUUUAUUGAUGAGGCUUGGGAUUUGUAUAGAGAGAUGGUAGAGAGAGGUGUAGAUUUGGAUUGUCAAACUCUUGAUGCAAUGGUGCACGCCUGCUCAAAGGGCGGGAAGCUAGAGGAAGCUGAAGGUCUCUUUCAAGAAAUGAGAAUUCGAGGUUGCAAAUUGGAUUCUGUGAGUUAUACAAACAUAAUUCAGGCCUUGUGCAAGAAAACCUGUUCGAAGAAGGCCUGUGAAUUAUUGACAGAGAUGAAGAAGUUGGGGUUGGUUCCUUCUGAGAUCACGUAUACUUGUGCUAUUGGGGCGUGCUCGAAAGAGGGGAACUUGGAAGAAGCAUUGAGGCUUAAGGAUGAGAUGCUUUCUAGUGGCUUCUCUCUCAAUGUGGUGGCUGCUACGAGCUUGAUUAAGGGGUACUGCAAUGAAGGGAAUUUGGAUGAGGCAUUCGAGUUGUUCAAUAUAAUCGAGCCCACUAUUGUUACCUUUGCAGUUCUCAUUGAGGGUUGUUAUAGAAAUGAAGAUAUGGUGAAGGCUCACAAUCUUUAUGGGCAAAUGCAAGAGAGAGGGUUGUCACCAAAUGUGUUCACUGUCAAUUCGAUGAUUAAGGGGUUUCUAAAGAAGGGUAUGUUCAAUGAGGCAUUAGAGUACUUUGAAGAGGCAGUGGAAAGCAAAGUAGCUAAUGUCUUCACUUUUGACAUUAUCAUUUUUUGGUUAUGUAAAAAGGGUAGAGUGAGAGAGGCUUCUGGACUGUGGGAGAAGAUGGUGAGUUUUGGAAUCAUACCAGAUGUUGUUUCUUACAAUACCUUGUUGUUUGGGCUUUGUAGAGAAGGGAACAUACAAGGGGCACUUAAUCUCUUGAACCAAAUGACUCAGCAGGAGGGCAUAAAACCUAAUGAUGUAACUUACACCACCUUGAUAGAUGGAUGCUUUAAGAAAGGGAAAAUGGAUAGGGCAUUGAAGCUGUAUGAUCAGAUGGUGGGAUUGGGUAUUUUGCCGAAUGACUAUACAUGGAAUUCUAUGAUUAAUGGACUUUGCAAGUCUGGUAGGCCAUCAGAGGCUUGCAAUAUGGUUAGGGAGUUUGCAAAAGAGGGUUUUGUCCCUAGUUGUUUGACUUAUAACAGUAUCAUUGAUGGCUUUAUCAAAGAAGAUGACAUGAAAUCGGCCCUAGAGGCAUAUACGCAUAUGUGUGACAAUGGUGUUUCCCCCAGUGUUUUCACCUACACUAGCUUCAUUGCUGGGUUUUGCAAGAAUGACAAUAUUGUUCUUGCUUUGAAGGUGCGGAAUGUAAUGAGAAGCAGAGGUCUACAAUCGGAUCUUGUAACUUAUAAUGCCCUAAUUGAUGGAUUCUGCAAGAGAGGAGAUAUGUAUAAUGCAAUUGAGAUUUUCAAUGAAAUGUGUGAAGUUGGACUGGCUCCAAAUGCUUCCAUAUACAAUACCCUAAUGGGGGGAUAUAGAAAUGAAUGUAAUAUGGAGGCAGCUCUUAAGCUGCAUAAAGGGAUGAAAGAAGAGGGUGUUCCUUGUGACUUGGCCACGUACACUACACUAAUUGAUGGAUUACUUAAAGAAGGAAAUGUUAUCUUGGCUUUGGAGCUUUAUAAGGAGAUGCUUUCUCAAUAUAUCAUGCCUGACGCUAUCACUUAUACAGUUCUCAUUCGUGGCCUUUGCAGCAGAGGGGAGAUGGAGAAUGCGAGACAAUUCUUGGAUGAGAUGGGUCGAAAGGGGUUUUCUCCAAAUGUCAUUAUAUACAAUGCUUUAAUUGCGGGGUGCUAUGGGGAAGGGAAUUUGCGAGAGGCUUUUCAAUUACUUGAUGAGAUGCUUGACAAGGGCCUGACACCCAAUGAAACCACAUAUGAUAUCCUCGUGGCAUCAAAGUUUGAGGGCAACAUUUGUUUUGCAAGGGCUUAGCAAUUGGACAGAUUAUCAUGGUUUUCAUGAGUCGCAAAGCUUGUUUGAACCUUCGUCUUCCCUCAGACAAUCAGGUGUUGUGCCAUUGGCAGAAGGAUCAUUGCUUGACAUACUCAAUGUGUAUACUGGAGUUCUUUUAAGUUUUUCCAGCUAAGUUAAAAUUGUUGGGAUGAACUGUGUGUGUCCCUUGGAUAGAAACAACACUAGAUCAUUGUAGAUGUGCAUACCUGUAAGAAAACAAAGGCUAGAUGUGCUCCCUAUCAUGGGGCUUAGGUUGUGAAAGUAAUGUGGUCAUAGUUGUGCUUCUUGGUCAUUCUUCUUUUGUUUGGAUGGAAGUGAGCAAUUUGGUGAAUCACAUUGGCUCAUUUGUCUUCCAUCAAUUGUAUGAAUUAUGUAUAUUCUUUAUUCGAAAAUCAGUGCUUCUGCUGAGACACUUCACACUAUGAUGAAAUUGGAUUGGAACAA